AUGUCUUUUUCUUCUUUUAUUCCCCCAUUUUAUCUCCCUUACUUUCUUUCUAUAGAACCCUACAACUGUCUCAUCAUUUUCAUGCCUUCCCCUUUUCUUUAUCUCUCUUUGACGACAAUGACAGACUUUCUCUCCUCCCUUUCAUUCCCCCGUUUUAUCUUUUUUUUUCUUGAAUUUUUCAUUGAAUUUCUUCCUUUAUUCAUCGCUUACAUUUUUCAUCAGGCUCCUAAUUCCUCCUCCUCCAUCUCCUCCUUCUCCAUCUCCCCUCCUCCUCCAUCUCCCCCUCCUCCUCCAUCUCCCCCUCCUCCUCCAUCUCUCUCUCCCUUUUUCUCUGUAAUUUCCUGUUUUAUUCUUCUCCACCUUUAUGUUUUUUAUCUAUCUAUCUAUCUCUCCUUCCAAAAAUAUUUUACUCACUGUUUCUAUUUUUCAACUUUACAUGCCCUAAUUCUUUUAACUACUUUUCUCAAUGUCUUCACCGUUGUCUUGGUUUAUCAAUCUGUUUAUCUGUCUCUCUCGGACUGUUCAUUAUCUAUCUAUCUAUCUAUCUAUCUAUCUAUCUAUCUAUCUUGGACUGUUCAUUAUCUAUCUAUCUAUCUAUCUAUCUAUCUAUCUAUCUAUCUAUCUAUCUAUCUUGAACUGUUCAUUAUCUAUCUAUCUAUCUAUCUAUCUAUCUUGGACUGUUCAUUAUCUAUCUAUCUAUCUAUCUAUCUAUCUAUCUAUCUAUCUAUCUAUCUAUCUUGGGCUGUUCAUUACCUAUUUAUCAGUUUGUGUCUCGGACAUUAUGUGUCUAUCUGUUUGUCUCUCACGGACUGUUCACUAUCUAUCUGUUUCUCUCGGACUGUUCAUUACCUACCUAUUUACCCGUCUAUCAUUCUUGGUCUAUUCAUUAUCUAUCUAUCUAUCUAUCUAUCUAUCUAUCUAUCGAACUAUUCAUUCUCUUUCUGUUUAUACCGUUCUCUACCUAUUGUCGAUUAUUCUGCUUCUCUCUUUAUCGGGCUGUACCGACCCAACACCACUCAUACUGACCACAUUUACUCGUCCUCUUUCUUCUUCUUCUUAUCAUCUACUGGCGACCUUUCUUAUGCUUGCUCUCCUUGUUUAAAUUUUCUAUCUAUCUAUCUAUCUAUCUAUCUAUCUAUCUAUCUAUCUAUCUAUCUAUCUCAGCCUGUUCAUAUCUAUCUAUCUAUCUAUCUCAUUAAAUUUCUAUCUCAUUAUUUUCCUAUCUAUCUAUCUAUCUAUCUAUCUAUCUAUCUCAUUAAAUUCCUAUCUCAUUAUUUUCCUAUCUAUCUAUCUAUCUAUCUAUCUAUCUAUCUAUCUAUCUAUCUAUCUAUCUAUCUAUCUCAGCCUGUUCAUAUCUAUCUAUCUAUCUAUCUAUCUAUCUAUCUCAUUAAAUUUCUAUCUCAUUAUUUUCCUAUCUAUCUAUAUAUCUAUCUAUCUAUCUAUCUCAUUAAAUUCCUAUCUCAUUAUUUUCCUAUCUAUCUAUCUAUCUAUCUAUCUAUCUAUCUAUCUAUCUAUCUAUCUAUCUAUCUAUCUCAGCCUGUUCAUAUCUAUCUAUCUAUCUAUCUAUCUAUCUAUCUAUCUAUCUAUCUAUCUAUCUAUCUAUCUAAGUAUAUUCUUUAUCUAUGUAUCUAUUCUCUGUUACUGACUCAUUUCAAGCAUUCUAUCUAUCUAUCUAUCUAUCUAUCUAUCUAUCUAUCUAUCUAUCUAUCUAUCUAUCUAUCUCAGUUUGUUCAUAUCUAUCACUCAAAAGAGACUUCUUCUUCUUUUUCUUCUUCUUCUUCUUCUUCUUCUUCUUCUUCUUCUUCUUCUCGUCCCUUUCUUGUCUUCUCUUCUUUUUGUUUUGCAUUUCUUACGCUGUUUUUUCCCCUUAUUUUCGUUUUUAUUCGUUUUUUUUAUCUCUCUUUUUCAUUCUUAUUUUACUCUUUCGUUCUCAUUUCUGUCUUUCUCCUUCGUUCUCAUUCCUGUCUUUCUCUCUUGUUCUUAUUCCUAUUUUUCCUUCUUGUUCUCAUUCCUAUUUUUCUCCCGCUUUUUCAUUCCUAUUUUCUCUCUCGUUCUCAUUCCUGUCUUACUCUCUCGUUCUCACUCCUUUUUAUCUCGCUUUUUCAUUUCUAUUUUUCCUUCACGUUCUCUUUCCUAUUUUUCUUUCCUGUUCUCAUUCUUAUUUUUCUCUCUCGAUAUUAUUCCUGUCUUUCUCUCCCUUUCUCAUUCCUGUCUUUCUCUCUCGUUUUUAUUCCUAUUUUCCUUCUCGUUCUCAUUCCUAUUUUUCUCCCGCUUUUUCAUUCCUAUUUUCUCUCUCGUUCUCAUUCCUAUCGUUCUCAUUCCUAUUUUUCUAUCUCGUUCUUUUCCUAUUUUUCUCUCUCGUUUUCAUUCCUAUUUUUCUCGCUUUUUCAUUCCUAUUUGUCAUUCUUAUUUUUCAUUCCUCUCUCUCUCUCUCUCUCUCUCUCGUUCUCAUUCCCGUUUUUCUUUCUCGUUCUCAUUCUUAUUUUUCUGUCUUGUUUUAACUCCUUUUUCUCUCUUUUGUUGCCAUUCCCUUUCUCUCUCUUUCUCUCUCGUUUUCCUUCCUAUUUUUUCUCCCUAGCACUGGUUUUCAUUCUCUUUCUCUCUCGCUUCCGUUGUCGUUCCUUUUUUUUUUCUAGCUCACGUUGUCAUUUUUUCUCUCUUACUUCCUCUCUCCGUUUUAUUAAUUAUUUCUACUUUUUUUCUCCCCUCCUGUUUCUUAACUUUUCUUUCUCCUCUCUUGUCUCGUUUUUUUUUUUCACCCUUUACUUUCUUUUCUUUUUGACUCUCUCUUUCUCUCCAUCGUUUCAUCAUUCUUUUUUUUUUAUUUAUUUCGUCGUCCUUUUCUUUUUCAUUUUCUAUUUCCGUCUUUCUUUCACUUUUCUCUUUCUCACUCUUUUCUAUCACUUUAUCUCUCCUUCUCUCCUUUUCUCUCUUCCUCUUUUCCUCUCAGCCUCUUCUUGCAUACAUUCUCUCUCUUUUUUUUCUCUUUUUGUUUCUCUAUCUCUUUACCUUUUCUUUUUUCACGUGCUUUUCUCCUACCCUUUUUCUUCUUUCUCUCUCUCUUUGUUUUCCCACCUCCUCCCCACCCUUAGUUUAUUCGUGUCCCUCUCACUCUUUUCUUUCUUCUUCUACUUUAUUUUAAUGACAUGCUUUUCUCCUCCCCCCUUUAUUUCUCUUUCUCUCACUCUUUUUGUUUUCUUUUCUCCACCCCCUUCCUGGUUUCUUCGUGUUCCUCUCACUCUUACUUUCCAUGCCUUUUCAGUUUUUCUUUUCAUUUCUGUUACUCCCACUCUUCUUUAUUUUUCAUUCUCUUUCUACUCCUUCCUUUCCCCCAACUCAUCCCAGUCGCCUUUCGUUCGACCUGCCCCUCACAGAACUCACCCAAAAGCGUCUUGUCGGUUUUUAAGUAGAGUAACCGAUUACUUCAAUUAUCAUCGAUUCAUUUCGCUUUGUUGGAGCGAUACCUUCAGCUGUCUCUCUUUUUCGUCGGUGGAUGGUAAGAAGAAGUAA